AUGUCGUCGUUGAGGCUUCGUAAACCUAGCGAACUAGAGACCGAUGCCAUGCUUGCCCGCUGCGAUAGCUUGACCAAGAAUAUCCGCCGGCGAAGAUGGCGCUCGGCUUUCACGGUCAUAUACUUCACGAGGGCUCUCGUCUCUCUGUCAAAACGAGAUCUCGGGAAGAAGACGGAUCUUUUGCAGUCGCUCUCCUAUGAUGCCAUCGUAGUGAACCUCAGAAGCAAUGAUUACCCACGUGGAGGAGAUAGCCCUCCGCUUCGAGAAGUCGACCUGCAGAUCCUGAGUAACGUCGUAAGAGAGAAAAGUUUAGAAUCUCUAGCGCAACUUGGUGGCAUUAACCACCUCGCUUCCAUUCUCGUGACAGAUCCCAACAAUGGCUUGAGCGGAGAUGAAGCCGAACUCAUGCAGCGAACCGAUGUUUUCGGUGCGAAUAAUUACAAUAAGCCGCCGGCAAAGUACUUUCUCAGUUUCGUGCUUACUGCAUUCAAAGACAUGACCAUAAUCAUUCCCAUGGCAUCCGACGUUCUGUCUUUAGCAUUCAGUAUCAAACAACAAGGCCUUAAACAAGGUUGGUAUGAUGGUGGGAAUAUAAUCGUCGCCAUUUUUCUACUAGUCGCCCGCUCUGCUCUCAGCUACUAUAGGCAAGGAAGGCUGUUCCAGAAACUUUCAAAAGAUAGCAGCAACAUAAGAGUGGAGGUCGUGAGAGAUAGCAGGAGGCAACCGAUCUCCAUAUUUGAUAUCGUCGUAGGCGAUGUUGUGUUUCUGAAGACUGGAGACCAGGUUCCGGCUGAUGGACUGUUUGUGGAUGACCAUUCCCUGAAGGUUGACGAGUAUAGCAUGACUGGGCAAAGCGAUCACGUCGAAGUCUCCAGCGCGAAUCCUUUCUUGCUCUCCGGCACCAAAGUGAUGGACGGCUACGGGCGCAUGAUGGUUGUUUCUGUCGGCGUGAACACCGCGUGGGGCAAGAUGAUGAGUUCCAUGAGCCGUCGCUCAGAUGAAGAGACCCCGCUCCAAGCCCGUCUGAACAGGUUCACUUGCUUCAUUGGGAAGGUUGGGGUGUUGGUGGCCGCACUGGAAAUCCUCAUCUUGAUAAUCCACUUCACCGGACGCACCCGAGAAGACGAGGCUGGAAACCCACAAUUCACCAGCAGGGAGACCAAGGCCUGGGAUGUGAUGGACGUGGUCGUGCGUAUAAUUGCCGUGGCGGUGACCAUUGUGGCAGUGGCUAUACCUGAGGACUUCCCUUUGGCGGUCACUUUAUCGCUGGCCUACUCCAUGAAGUGCAUGAUGAGCGACAAUGCCAUGGUCGGGAAGCUCUCUGCUUGUGAAACCAUGGGUUCCGCCACAACGAUCUGCAUGGAUAAAACCGGGACUCUCACGUUAAAUGAGAUGAGGGUCACGGAGUUCUGGAUGGGGAAAGAAGAUGUGAGUGCAGAUGCAUCCAGAAAAAUAGCAGCCAACGUCCUUGUAGUCCUACAACAAGGAACCGGUUUGAACACAUCAGGUACAGUCCAUAUGCGACCUUCUGCAUCUGUUCCUGAAAUUCUAGGCAGCCCGACCGAGAAGGCGAUACUUAUCUGGGGCGUUUUCGAAUUGGGUAUGACGAUGGACGAACUGAAGCAAGACUGGGAGAUAAUCCAAGUCGAGGCAUUCAAUUCCGAGAAAAAGCGAAGCGGGGUCGCCGUGAGGAGGAGAGGAGAGCAGGUCGUUCACAUACACUGGAAGGGAGCUGCUGAGAUGAUCUUGGCAUUGUGUUCAGGUUAUUUCAGCCAAAGCGGGACGGUGAAUAUCAUGAACGAUGAAGCGAGGUCUGAGUUGGGGACAAUCAUAAGAAAUAUGGCAGACAAAAGCCUGCGCUGCAUCGCAUUUGCCUACAAAAAAACCAAGCGCUCACCGGCUCAAGUUCGUGGGAGACUCGAGGAAGAUGGACUGACAUUGUUAGGAAUAGUGGGGAUAAAGGAUCCAUGCAGACCGGGCGUGAGAAGGGCAGUGGCGUCUUGUAGAAGCGCCGGAGUGAACAUGAAGAUGAUCACAGGAGACAACGUGCACACUGCAAGAGCCAUAGCCUUGGAAUGUGGGAUAUUCAAUCCCGACGAAGAUAUCGAGCACGAAGCGAUAGUAGAGGGCGUUCAGUUUCGCAACUACUUGCCCGAACAGAGGAUGGCAGCAAUCGACAAAAUCCGGGUAAUGGCUAGAUCGUCCCCAUUCGAUAAGUUUUUGAUGGUGCACUGCUUGAAGCAAAAAGGGCAUGUGGUGGCAGUUACCGGUGACGGCACCAACGACGGGCCAGCCCUAAAAGAAGCGGAUAUCGGGCUCUCCAUGGGCAUCCUAGGCACUGAGGUGGCAAAGGAGAGCUCAGAUAUCGUCAUCCUGGACGAUAAUUUCGCCUCCAUGGUGACUCUGCUGAGUUGGGGGCGGUGCGUCUACAACAACAUUCAAAAGUUCAUCCAGUUUCAGCUCACGCUGAACGUGGCCUCCCUCGUCAUCAACUUCGUUGCUGCGGUCUCUUCUGGCGACGUCCCUUUGACGGCGGUCCAGCUUCUUUGGGUGAACUUGGUUAUGGACACCCAGGGAGCUUUGGCUUUGGCGACGGAGCAACCCACGAAUGACCUCAUGCAAAAGCCACCCGUCGGACGAACCGAGCCGCUUAUCAAUAGUGUCAUGUGGAGGAAUCUCACAUCUCAGGCCUCGUACCAAGUCAUCGUCCUGCUGACCCUACAAUUCAAGGGGGGUUCCAUCUUCGGAGUGGACGAGAGAGGGAAAGACGCCAUCUUUUUCAACUGCUUCGUGCUCUGCCAGAUCUUCAACGAAUUUAACGCCAGGAAGCUGGAGGACAAGAAUGUAUUCCAAGGGAUACAUAAAAACAAGUUGUUCUUGGGCAUCGUUAGCCUGACGAUUGUUCUUCAGGUGGUGCUGGUGGAGCUUCUGAACAGGUUUGCCAACACGGAGAGGCUGGACUGGGGACAAUGGGGUGCUUGCAUCGGACUCGCUGCUUUGUCUUGGCCGAUUGGUUUGCUUAGUAAGUGCAUUCCGGUCUCGGGCAAAAAUUAG